GAUCUCAAUAAGCUCGGUGGCGUGGAGCUCAAGGCCUUGCAGGGCAUGGCAGCUGUGUUUGCGGGGCAGGCUGGGGACGGAGCUCCGGGGAGCAGGAUCGCAGUAGAGAAACGGUUGGUGCCCAGUCGGAGCAUCUCACGGGGUCGGCCUUUUGGGGGGGCCCAUCUCGAAGGCUUGGUGCGAUCUCAACCACCUGAAUCUGAAGAUCGGCAAUUCCGGCGCCAAGGUGCCGCUCGGGCCCUUGUGGGAAGCCGCGGCGAGUCCAAGGGUCCGUGCUUCUCUAGAGACUCUAAAGUCCCGAAGAGGAAGAUUGGUCGAGAGUCCCAUGCUUCGCUGGGAAAGUGGUGGUUUUGUAUUCCACUUGGAUGA